AUGGACGAAGCCCAGAAGCUACACGAAGCCAUGCUCAAGGAGCCCGAGAAUACGUUCUUCUCCGAGCCAGAACUACGACACAUUGCCGGUGUGGAAAGUGCUGCUGAUCUCAUGGUUAUAGUGCAGGUGCUGUUGAACAAGAGCCUUGUUAAGCUGGCCAAACAGAACGGUGAGUUGAGGUUCCAGGCCGUGGACCCUCAGGAGGCUGCGAAGAGGUCGAACAUGUCGGCUGAUGAAGCAAUGAUCUACUCGCACAUUGAGGCCAGUGGCCGUGAAGGUAUAUGGACAAAGACCAUCAAGGCCAGGACCAAUCUUCACCAACACAUCGUGCUGAGAUCGCUGAAGUCGCUGGAAUCUCAACGGUAUAUCAAAGUCGUGAAGAGUGUCAAGUUCCCUACCAGAAAGAUCUACAUGCUGUACCACCUGACUCCGUCCAUUGAAGUCACUGGAGGCCCCUGGUUCACGGACGGUGAGUUGGACUCGGAGUUUGUUGAUUCGUUGUUGACCAUCAUUUGGCGAUUUGUCACCGGCAAGACAUUCCCAAAGGUGUUCCAGACCGAGAUGAGCUUAUCAAAUAACCCCUUGUAUGCUCCAAGCUACAAGAACUACUGUACAGUUGUCGAAAUCCUGGAAUUCAUAUCGAAGAGCCAAGUCACAAGUGAAGAGCUGAUUGAAAAUGAUAUAAGAUCUCUGUGUGAAGUCCUCGUCUACGAUGACAAGUUUGAAAAGGUCAGCUUGGACUGCUAUAGAAGCACGAUGCAAAGCGUUGUGGACCUCAAGGAGGAGAGAAUGGAGAACGAUUUCUCGAUAUUCGAUAGUGCGAGCUUCAUGGCAUCGGAGGAAGCAUCCGAAGACGUUGUGUACUUCGACGAAUACCAGCUAUAG